CGGUGCUCGAAAGUUUAAUUAAAUACGGCUGAAAUGGUGGAACAUUUUUUCUGCUGUCCUUUGGAGUGCGCUGCUAAGUUUUUCGGUUGCUUAGGUGGCAUUUCUUAUGUGUUCUUAUGCAUCUUCUGUGGCAUCUGCCUGGGAAGAGUACAUGAAAUUAUCACCAGUGAAUAUUAUCGUAAAUAUAUUAGAGCUGAAUACUCUGAGGAGGCGCUCACAAUCAGCAUUACUUUAUAUAUGAUCUUAUGUAUCACCUCAACGGUCACUCAUAUAUGCUUGGUUGUCGGUACAAUGAAGAAAAAACAUAAUUUAUUGCUGCCGUGGACUAUUGAGACCCUAUUCAAUAUAGGGUUAACAUUGCUAUUUUAUCUUCGCGACGCUAAAUUUUCUUGGAUAAGUUUAAUAGUUUUGAUUCUUCAUUUAUAUUUUUGGUAUGCCAUGGUGUCGCUUUAUGGGAAAAUUAGAGAAGGAAAUGAGAGGCGAUCAAAUCGCAAUGUAAAUGUAUAAUUCGAAACGGGCGAAAAUUAAUUUUUGUGCCUUCAAAAAUGCAUUCAUGACUAAAUAUGUAUUAAAAUAUAUAAUUGUUAAUGAAAAAUACGCUUUCCCCAAAAUUUACACAGAAUUCUAACACCGACUGGUACACUGAACUUGUAAAGAAUAGAAAUUGAAGUUAUAUGUGGAUAGCCAGCUUAACUUACCUGGUAAUGCUAUCCACGUCCGUCAAUAGAACAUAUGCAAGAAAUGAAUAUAUUCCAUACUGUAAACAGAAAGCUUAAAUUAUUUUGUAAAACAUCAACCGGAGCAAGUAAGUGUUCGUGCCGCUUUGAAAGCAGUCAUUCAUGAACACUUUAGUUUUAUAACUAUAGUUACAAUUUAAAAAUAUACAUACACAUAUAUACGACUGUAAAUGUGGGAAACGGAAUUGUCCGAAUUCAAUGUUGGUUUGAAAUUAAUUAAAAAGAAUCGCCACGCCCGCAACACACUUUAUCAUUCACACACUUAACACGCAAAUAACAUGGCGAACACAAUAUCAAUGUAAUUUCUAAGUACGUGACCGAUUAUCAUUUCAAUAUAUUUAUCAACUCUUUAAAGCA